AUGCACGGCAGGAUGCUGGCACCUGUUGUCUGCCCUCUCAUGCACUGCAUCAUUCCCCUCCUCACCCUCGUCCACCUCUCUCUCCUCCACCUCUGCUGCUGGGCCUCUGCUCUCUUGUUCCCCUCUCCUCUCCUACUCCUCUUCCUCCUUCCUCUCGUUCACAAUCAACUCUCUGUGCCUCUCCCACCUCUCCCCCCUCAUGCCCCAACCCAUGCCACUGCCUAUGCUGCUACAAUGCCUUCUGACUCCCUGCUUUUCUUGCCAUCCCUCAUCUCCCUCCACUCCCCAUGCCACAUCUCCCUUCUCCCCUCCUCAUCUCAUCUUCACUCUCGUCAAAUCAUCAUCUCCCCUCCCCUAUCCUCCUCUCCCCCUUCCCCUCCCCACUUCACCCAGCACACUGGGAAACACGGCCAUUUCGGGCGAGCUGCCUCGCUUCCUCACCGCCCUCACCCGACUCGCCAAUCUCCCCUAACCAACCUGUGCGCCCCUAACCAACCUGUGCGCCCCUCUCUCCGUGGCUCCUUGCACCUCUUUCCACCCCUCUACACCAUUUCUGCAUCUCGAAGUCCUUCCAUCUCUAGUUCGCACCAUCUCAACCGCCUUUCAUCUCAACCGCCUUUCAUCUCAACCGCCUUUCAUCUCAACCGCCUUUCAUCUCAACCGCCUUUCAUCUCAACCGCCUUUCAUCUCAACCGCCUUUCAUCUCAACCGCCUUUCAUCUCAACCGCCUUUCAUCUCAACCGCCUUUCAUCUCAACCGCCUUUCAUCUCAACCGCCUUUCAUCUCAACCGCUGCCUUUCAUCUCAACUGCCUUUCAUCUCAACCGCCUUUCAUCUCAACCGCCUUUCAUCUCAACCACUUGUCAUCUCAACUGCUUCCACACCUCUGCUAAAGCGCACACCCGCCUGCCCUCACAUCCCCCUGGCUGACAUUCUCAGGGCCACGAAUGGGUGGGCGGAGGAACGGAGGGUGGGGGGAGGCAGGUGGGGUGACGUGUACCGGGGGGUAUGGGUGGAGGAGGAGGAAGCAGGGGAUGAGGAGAAGCAUGGGGGGAAGUAUGGGGGGAAGGAUGGGAAGCAGCAAGGGGGAGAGGUGCAGGGGGGGUCUCAGGUGAAGCGGGAGGGGAGCAGCAAGGGGGAAGUUGCAGAGGGGAAGCAGGUGUCUGGGUCAGGGACAAAAAAGCUUUCAUGGAGGCGGGGGGAAAAGUGGGCAGUGAAGCGCAUGAGGGGAGGGAUGCAUGGGGCAGAGAGCGCGGAGCUUGAGGCUCAUGUGGCGGGCUUGGCUUCCCUUGUGCACCCCAACGUGCUUGGGCUUGUGGCCUGGUGCUGCUUCCCUGUAGCGGGGGAGGGGGCAGGGGAGGGGGAGCGGGAGGGGGAGGAGGAGGAGACGGUGGGGGGUGAGGGGGGGAAUCAGCUGGUGUUGGUGUAUAAGUGGAUGGAGCGGGGCAGCCUGCAGGCAGCACUGCAGCCAGGCGCCACGCCCUUGUCGCUGCAGCAGCGGGUGGACGUGGCAGUGGGGGUGCUACUGGCGCUCAAGGCCGUGCAGAGCCACGGGCAGGUGCAUGGCGACCUCAAGCCCUCCAACGUGCUUCUUAGCCCUUCCUUUGAGGCGCGAGUGGUUGACUGGAGUGUGGUGUGCAUGGGGCAGCGCGUGCAUGUGGACAUGGGCAACAGUGGCUCAGAAGGGCAGCGGAAAGGCGUUGGCAAGAAAGGCUUGGCAAGGAUAGUGUCCCUGCCAAGUGGAGACAGAGGCACCAGCAGCAGCAGUGGCAAGGAUGGUGGCAACAGUGGGUAUUCAUGGGGGGCCGGUAGGAGUGGCAGCAGCAGCAGCAGCAGCAGCAGAGACGAGCAGAAGGUGUAUUUGCUGCGGUGCACGGAAGGACACGUCGAUCCGGCUGUUGUGCACACCGGCAUUGCCACUCCCACCAGUGACAUGUACAGUGUGGGAGUGCUCCUACUCCAGAUGCUCACAGGCUGGGAAGGUCCCUUCAGGGAUGUGGAUGGCCAGAGCACACACAUCUAUGACUGGGCCCGGCAACACGCAGACUCGGACGACGUCUCUCCUCUCCUCGACCCUCUGCUGCCACACCCCCUGCCCCCUCCCGCCACCCUCCUCCCCCUCUUCCGCCUCGCCCUCGCCUGCUCGUCCCCCUCACAGUCCGCCCGCCCCAUGCCCGUAUAUGCUCUUGAAGUUGUGAGGAACUUCCGCACCUCCCUGCUGGAGGCGUUGCGGCCUGGAAGGGGACUUGGGGGUGCACAUGGGGAAAAGGGAAAGGGGGACGGGGGAGAAAAGGGUGAAAAGGGAGUGGGGGAAGAGGGAGGAAAGAGAGAUAAUGGGGGGAAGAAUGAAGAGGGGGGGAAGGGGAAGAGUGGGGAGGAAUGGAGUGGGGUGUCCAUUGGAGAAAGUCCUGAGGGAGCGGCGGAACAGAGUAAUGACUAUACAAGGCUGCCAUUAGUGGGUGCAGCAGAGGAUGGUAGCGAGUCUAUGGUGUAG